AUAUUUAACAAUUAUUAACUAUUAUAAUAAUGAAAUACAUUAUUAGUCUAAUAGUUGUAAUAUUUAUUACACUAAAUAAUGUCAAUUGUGACGUCGAUCCGGUAAAAUUGAAAGCCGAUAUAACGGCACUCAAAACUACUACUGAAUUGGAGAUCAAAUUAUUGGACAAUCAGUCGCACAAAGAGCUUAACAAAAAACUGGUUGAGUUUGACCUCGAAAUAGACUCAAUGCUUAACCUACUGUCCCAUAUCGAUCCCAAAACUAAAGAUGGUCAAUUGCAGCUGCAAAACAUGCAAGGUGCAUUUUUGCAACUUGUACCCAAAGUACAGGCUGAAAUAGGCACAGUCAAUGGCACACUGGUUGGUAUGAUACAAAAAACUAGUCUGGAUCUGGCACUACAGGUAACUGAUUUGGACAGAGAUUUGCAGACAUUGGCUCAAAAAGCUAAAACCGCCGAUACUGGCAAACUGGUCCUGGUCAGUUUACCAAAAUUAGAUGCAUUGGCUGCACAAUUAAAACAAGCCAUUACCGAUAUUGAGGUUGAAUUGAAAAAGUUACCAUAGAUUAUAAAAAUCAUAAUUAAAUAACCAAAAAAAAAGUUUUAUUAUUUAAUUUAAAGCUUAAUUUACAACUUCUGAUAAAAAUAAUAAUAAAAUAAAUAUAUUUUUGUUGAUUUACUUAAUGA